AACUUUACACAGCGAGCGCACCAAAACUCGAAAAAGGCGUAAUUUAAGCCCAGGAACGAAUAAAACUGCCUAACAUGCGCCCACAGUUAACAUCACCCCACGCCCACAGUUCUUCAGUUUCUACGAGUAGUGAUCGGAGGCUAAGCGCUCUGGUACGACACCUCGCUGCCGAAGAUCAAUCGUCCUCCGCCAUGGAUGCUCACAACAACUCCAUCUCUGCCUCGCCAGCUUCCGCCCACGCCAAUUCCGUCUUCGCUCACGUUGUUCGCGCUCCCGAGGAUCCAAUCCUUGGGGUUACUGUUGCGUAUAACAAAGAUCCAAGCCCUCUGAAGUUGAAUUUGGGUGUUGGCGCUUAUCGAACCGACGAGGGAAAACCACUUGUUCUUAAUGUGGUGAGAAAAGCAGAACAGCUGCUCGUUAAUGACAUGUCUCGCGUUAAGGAAUACCUUCCAAUCGUUGGACUGGCAGAUUUCAAUAAGCUGAGCGCUAAGCUGAUUCUUGGUGCUGACAGCCCUGCUAUUCAAGAGAACCGGAUUACUACCGUCCAAUGUCUCUCGGGAACUGGCUCAUUGAGAGUUGGAGGUGAAUUUUUGGCAAGGCAUUAUCAUGAACGCACAAUAUACAUACCCCUGCCGACAUGGGGAAACCACACCAAAGUUUUCACUCUGGCAGGGUUAACUGUGAAAAGUUACCGGUAUUAUGAUCCAGCAACUCGUGGCCUCAACUUCCAAGGCCUCUUGGAAGACCUCAGCUCUGCCCCAGCCGGAGCAAUUGUACUUCUCCAUGCAUGUGCUCAUAACCCCACUGGUGUUGAUCCAACCCUUGAGCAGUGGGAGCAGAUCAGACAGCUUGUGAGAUCAAGAGGAUUAUUACCGUUCUUCGACAGUGCUUAUCAGGGUUUUGCUAGCGGAAGUUUGGAUGGCGAUGCACAGUCUGUUCGUAGGUUUGCUGCUGAUGGUGGAGAGUGCCUUAUUGCUCAAAGUUAUGCAAAAAACAUGGGUCUGUACGGCGAACGUGUUGGAGCCUUAAGCAUUGUCUGCAAGAAUGCUGAUGUUGCAAGCAAGGUUGAGAGCCAACUGAAGCUUGUGAUCAGGCCCAUGUACUCGAACCCACCCAUUCACGGUGCAUCCAUUGUAGCCACCAUUCUCAAGGAUAGGGACUUGUUUAGCGAAUGGACAGUUGAGCUGAAGGCCAUGGCUGAUCGUAUCAUCAGCAUGCGGCAUCAGCUUUUUGAAUCCUUGCGUGCUAAGGGCACACCAGGUGACUGGAGCCACAUCAUCAAGCAAAUCGGAAUGUUUACCUUCACCGGAUUGAACUCCGAGCAAGUUGCCUUCAUGACUAAAGAGUACCAUAUUUACAUGACAUCCGACGGGAGGAUUAGCAUGGCGGGUCUGAGCUCAAGGACCGUCCCUCAUCUUACCGAGGCAAUACAUGCCGCUGUUACUCGCGCUGCAUAGUCGUAUGUUUGGAAGGCAGCAUUUUCUUGUUGUGAGCCAACUCCAAUAUUGGACUCUUCCCUUUCUGCAGUUUUCUUGUAAUAAUUAUUUUACCUCAUUGGAUGAGGUUAAAGCUUUGGCCGAGUAUCAUAAAAUGAAGAAAAUCUGGAGGAUUUGUGUGA